GACAAGCUUGCCGGCAUAGAUGGCAGCCCCAAAACAACCUGGAUCUGGUAAAGAAUUCAACUUUGUGGAUCAGGAUCAAAUCUGGAAAGUUCACGUCAAAAUAGAGCUUGAGUCAGCCAAAGCCUGGCCCAAUAAAUGGGGAUUCUUGACCACGUCCUACAAGACGCAGGAGCAGAGCCACAAGCUGAAGGAAGUUGUAAGAUUAGAGCUGCCCCAGCAUCUUAAAACACGUCCUCCUUCCCCACCUGAUAAAUACAUCCAGGUGGGACCCUCUCCCCCUGUUCCGCAGACCACCCAGGCUCUGAUUGGCUGGCGCUCAGCAGUGCCCGAGCUGCAGCUGGAGCGCUACGGAAAGGUCAAGUGUGGGAAGAAGAGCUUAUUGAAGGAGCUUGGCUGGGCUUUCGACGCCUGCAUAUGAGGAACUCCCCCGCCGCCCUUGCUGCUCAAUAUAUGACUUUCCCUUAUACUCUGCUCUUGUUUGUCUUUGUGUCCCUCUGUCGAGGUUCUUGCUCCCUCCUUUUUUGUCUCAAAUUCUCUAAAGUCCUCUGAUAGUAGCACAGUCAGCUAAAACAAAUUGGGAUUUGAUUUAACUCAACAUUGAUUAAUACUCAAUCAAUACACAAUUUUAAUCUGAUUUUAUUUACUUCUGUCUCUCUCACACUUCAUUUUAACACAUAUUGCAUACUAUAUCCAACAAAAUUAGCGCAAUGGGUACUUGAUAUUGCUGCUCCAAUGAAAAUCACUUUAUUAUUAAUAGGAUAUUAUGUUCUUUCAUUCUAUAUUCAAUGGUGCUGUAUUCCCACAAGUGUCAUGUAUUAGUUAAGGGGCAAUCUGCAGUUCAAACAAGCUUAUAUUUUGGGUUCUGGUUGGGUACGACAGACGAACUAAGCUCGUGAUGCAUAAUAAGUCAUGUUUGUCAAGAAUCAUUGACCAUAUAUCAUGAAUUUGAAGUCCAAAAUGGAUGUAGCAAUCGCAGAUUGCCAUUUAAGGGCUGACAUUUUUGUUGAAAAGAUGUUGCUACAAAGUGUAUAUGAAUUAGUGCAUAUUUAUUUAGAUGCAUUUUUAGGAGGGUAUAAACAUUUUAAUUUCAAACAAUGUUUGUUCUAUUUGCUAACUUUGGUAUAAUUUUUCAAUGGCAGUAGUUGACCAAGUAAUAUCAAUGUGCCCUAUCUUGCAAUUGUUUGUGUCACUUUCAUAAUAUAUUUAUUUCUUUAUUUGCACAGUGUAUUUGGAAGAAUUUACAUUAAAAACCUGGGUAGCAAUAUUUUACAUGACAUAGCAAAAUGUUAUUACAUAGUAAUAAUCUAAGAUUUACUUUUUUGGUGGAUUCAUUAAAUCAAGCAUCACUUGACACCAUUUAUCAGCUGUGUUAAAUGAUUACCAAGUACCAGAAAGUACUCAUAAUGUCCUACAAAAUACCAGGUAGGCCUAAAUACCAAUGAAAACAGCAGAGCAAAAUAAAGUGCAAUCAAAAGAUUUGUUGAGCAGAUUCAUUCUGGCAAAUGUCUUACCCAUCAGGGCAACACAUAUGGCGAUGUCACACUGAGCUUUUAAUGCAAAGCUACAGCUGCACUGACAUUUAAACAGACAUGCUUUUUCUCUUUAUUGCAAUUUAUUAAUUCUACCUAAGGGCACAACGCAUUACACACAUUCCACAUGUGGCCAUCUACUAUUAUGAAGCUGUCUGGAAUACAAGUCACACAGCUGUCUAACAGUAGAGGGGGAUGUAAUAAUGACAAUUAUGUUGGAUAAAUGUCUGCUAUUAUUACUGAAUAUAGCUAGUCUGACUCAAUGAAUCUAGAUAAAGCUAAGGAGACUACUGAUAUUCUAUUAGAAAAGUGUGACUUUACUGUGAAUGUUAUAUAA